CUGCAAACACUAUUUAAAUGUUUAGUAGAGGUAAAAUCUCCACAUCUCUGCUGCCUGGAUGGAUUUGUAAGUAUUACUCUGAUAAUUAAAUUGCCACUUUUAGUAAUUUACCGAGUUGUUCUUGCAAGCCAGGUGCCCAGUGAUGUCCCAGUUUUUAAGUGUUAUGCAUUGCAAUGAAUCAUGGGUAAAGUAGCAAAUUAGAAUACAUUAUCAUAAAAUGCUGGUCACUGUUUUUACAGAAGACCAUUGGAACACCAGAAUGGCUUGUUACCUUGCUCUAUGUAAUUAAAAUGUAGCAAUUUAAAGGAACACUAACGCAUUCGUAAUGCAAACAUGUAUUCAUAAUGCUAUAGUGCCCUAUACCAUAAUAAGAUCAGCGCCCCCACCCAAUUGAAAUAAAAAUGGUAAAAUAAAUAUAAUGAUCUUUUCUACAGUGCAUAGACUUCCUGGGUGCUGGUGAUAGUUCUACCUUUCACAACGUCAUUCGGCAGACGUCACUUUGUCAGUGCUACUCAUAGAGGAACAUUGGGGGGUGUGAUGCGCAUGCAUGCAUCCAAUCAAAUGCUUCUUAUUCAAUCCUUUCUUCUGAGUUGCAAAUGGUCACAUGACCUAGUUUCCUUUGAUCGUUUUAGAGCACACGCCCCUAGUGGCUGCCAGGAAGAAAGCCACAAGAGGUAUGCUUAACCCUGCAAUGGAAACAUUGCAGUUUCUACAAAACAGCAAUAUUCUGCAUUGCGGAGUUAAAGCUACAGGACCACGGUACCCACCCAGACCAUUGGGAUGUAGUGCUCUGGGUGCAUUUAGUGGUCCUUUAAAAAAAAAUUUUAAAAAUAGAACAAAACCUAUAACUUAUUUUGUGUGCUUUAUCCAUUCGCACAAAAAUAUUAUUAAAAUGCUAAAUACUUAUUAUACAUAAAAGGCUUAUAUUCACUUUUAGCGCAUUUCUUUGUAAUUUAAAACUUACAGUUCAUUGGUGACUCACAAAAAUGUAGCUUUAUAUUUUAUUUACAUUUUUAAAAUUAUUUUUGAUGUCGUAGCAUUAGUUGUAUAAUUGAAGAGAAUGCUGUGUUUGUUUGCAUGACAGCUUUAUAUCCAAUAAAUCCACAGCUGGUUAUUAUUAGAUAUUGAUAAUGGACCUAGUAUUCUUAAAGCAGAAUGUUAGAAUAUGUGAGAGUUUGACAAAUUUCAAAUAAUGAGUGUGCAAUGAAAUUACGUAAGUAACAUCUAAUUACAUUUUAGAACAUUAGCUUCAAUUUGUCUUUAUCUUCUACAGAGGAAGUGAUGGGUAAAGGGGGAGGUUUUAUCUUUCAUUACAUUUCUUAGUUUUUUUUGUUCUUUAAAUUGGAGAUAAGGAAGGUAAAAAAAAUACUUUUUUUUUUCUAAAUUUCAUUAAAGAGGAACUAUCACUUUUCUGCAAGUGACAUAACCUCUUUAAACCAGAUGAUACAGUUACAGAGGUGAGGAGUGCAGGGGAGGCAAGUAUAAAACACACUUACCUAUGCAAUUAUUUUUUGUUCCAAGCAUUAAAGGAACAUAAUUUUUUUCUGUACAUUUAUAAAAGUGUUGAUUUUAACAAAAAUAAAAGCUGGCUCAGACAGCCAGGUGGUUUCCUUCUGCUUCUUGGCUAGAGUGCACCUAUCUUCACUCCUUGGAAAUCCGCAAUUGUGCGCGUGUGUGUACGCAUGCACGCGCAUUUGCAGCUCCAGCAAAGUCUGGCCAAUUCCUCGGGACACAGAUUGAAAGCAAGUCUGCAGUUUGUGAUAUCUCUUUUUCCUUAUUUCCCCCAAAGAAGUAUCCUGAUUGGCGCCCAUUUUCGUACCCUUUUUGGUUAGUUUAAAUAUUUCCCUGAAUAUAUUUCAAUAGAAGAUAUUAGACUGAACUAUACCAUCAAAUGAACGUUGAACAUCCCGGAAAAAAAAAUAAUUUCGGGAAAAAUUAUCUGGCCAAACAGUUGAAAAGAGAUUUGCAAAAUUUAGGCCAAAAGUUGUCAAAAAAACCUAACAGAAAAAAUAUUUUUUUCAUCUAGAUUAAUCUAAAUAUUGCAAGUCAGCUCUCAACUUACCACAAAAUAAUGUUUAUUGAACCUACGUUAGUCACUGUGAAUUUGUGAAAAUGAAUUCUUAAUGGCAGAACUGGUGUAAAAAUAGCCAGGUUGUCACUAUGGCUGAGUUGAUUUUUUUUCAGAUUGGUUAUUUUAGCCUCAGUAUUUCCACUCUAAUUUAGUUCAGAAUGUAGUGAAAACUCUGUUAAAUGAUCAGUGUGUGUGCAUGCGCGGACAUAUAAACAUGCACACUGUGUAAUAUAUCGACGUCACAAUAAAGGUCUCAUUUCAGAACAUGGUGACUCAUUUCCUUAUAAUAAUAAUAAUUUCCUUAUACAUGAUAACAUUUUAACCAGAUUACUCUGGUUUUCAAGUACAUCCUGGGGAUGUUACCGUAGCCCAACGUCCAGGGGUGUUACUAUUACCCAAUUUAAUGGUACUCAUUUUAUCUACAUCAGAAGGAUGAAGGGCUGAGUCAACCGUGCCAGGAUUCAGACCUGCAAGCUACUGAUUCUACUGAUGAUGCAUUAGCCCACUGUGCUAUCUCUCCAGCUGUAUGUGAUAAAUGUGUGUUUAAUAUAAACAAAGAAAUUAAUAUAUUUAUUUUCACCCACAUUGAUAAAUCUACUAAUAAUCAUUAAAUCAAUAAGAAUAAAUUAGGAAUGAUACUUUCUUGCAGUGCAAAUAUCAAAUGAUCAAAUGGUUAGAUUCAGAGCACUGGGAGUGCCUUUGGCAAUGCCAAUAAUUUGAGCAGUAUAUCAUUUGUAAUCUGAUUCAACCAAUGAGAGUUGAAAAAGAGAAAUAAAAGGACAAUUAGACAACCAGAUCGUUUGGUCAAGAGCUGAGCUCAGCAUUCUUCUUGAAUCCGUUUCUCAGUCACCUCAGGCAUAUUUCUUUUGGCUGUAGUUGCACAACAGGAAUACUGCGUCUAAUCCCUCUUUCUCUCUCUGUUUUUUUGGCACAGCAAUUUUUCUUCUCUUUUUCUCUCCUGAAACAAAAUAUAUAGCAGUGACUGUCUGAAGCUGAUUGGACGUGAUUUUUUGAAAGGAUGUGAGAAGCACACCGAAUUGCAUUUGUACACAGUGUGUCUGUCAUCCUGCUUUUUAUCUGGAUACGAAAAGUUUGUAUUGUUGCUAAAUUCAAGUACAAGUAGCACAGGUAUUUUCCUGCACUUUCUCUCCUCCUCUCACGGAGCCACAUGUGUCCCAUUGGACUGCAAUUACUUGGUUAAUACGUCAUUUAUGUAACUAAGCAUUUUUAUUCUCGGUGGAAUUUGAUCUCUUACUGAAGGCAUUGAGGAGGUAUUUUGUAUUUUUUUUUCAUUUAUUUAAGAUGGAUGCUGAGCAAGUGAAUAUAAGAAGCCGAGAGUCCCAAAAUACCAGGCGUCAUUUUCCUGAUAUGUGCAUGUCAAAUCCACUAAUGGGGGGUGAGUACAUUUUGUGGGUAUUAAUACUUACUGAUUAAAUGUAUUCAUUAAUAAAAUAAUGAGAAUGGAACAUCAAAAGGAAAUGUGAAUCCAGUGUGUAUAUUUUACCUGCAUUGUUUUUUUAUUGUUUAUAUUUUCUAGUAACCGCAUUGUUCUGUUGUUAUGGUAUAACAGGUGUUCUUUAAUCUGACAUCUGAUUAUGUUCCAGGAAGUGGAAUUAAAGACAAAAUAAAAUAAGCAGAGCCUGAUUUUAAUAUUGGAUCACAUUACAUAAACAGGCCCGUGUUUUUGGUUUGCUGCCUGAUACCAACUUUGUUUUAGAAAUAAGCACAGACUUGAUAUUUAGAUACUUUUAAAGGACACAGUGAAUAGCACAAGAUGAAGUUUUUUAAUACAUGGCAAUAUUAAAACAGUAAAUCGUGGCAUAAGAUAGAGCAGCUGUGGCUAAAAAGUAUAACCUAGUCUAUUGUCGAACUACAGAUACCAUGAUGCUUUGCCAUCCUUGCAUUCGCUGCAAUUGUAUUUUGUUUUCUCCGUGAUAUCCUGGCUGUUUGGCUCUGUUACAAUCACAUGCAUCUUUUUGGAGAUCUAUUUUCAAAAUUAGUACAUGUGUAAAACUAAAAGAGCAACUGCAAUUUUUAGGCCAAAAUAGUUCAUUGAGUUUGGCCUAAAUAAAAUGUUCUUUUCGCUUCUCAACAAUUAUCGCUUUAGUGAAAAAAAUUAAAUAUUCCCAACUCAUAUAUUUAAAGCAACUUUUCUGUAUCUCUGGCCGUGUGAGAACAUCAUUAGAAGCAAUGCUGUGCUUGACUAAACAUGCCAUAUACAUGAAAUUCGCAAAUUUACUUUUAACAAGUAGGGAUCUAGUUACUACAAAAUAAAUGCUGAAACAUUCAAAUUGGUAUAAUUUUCCAGUUCAGCCAAAAUGUCAACUCUGUUAUUUUGGUCUAACGUUUGGGCUAUCAAGUAAUCAAAACUCACAAGUCACCAAAUCUCACGGUGUAAGAUUUAUUUACUUAAAAGAACUGCACACAGGAACUGGUAUCCACUGAUGCUUGAACCAUAAUCUCCCAUUCCACAUAAUAUAAUUCUUGAGGAACAGAACACAGUAUUUGCAGCUAAAAGGUCACUAGGUUAUUGCACUGAAUCAAACAGAUCAAAGUUUUGGCUAUGGCUAUAGCUUGGAGGAAAGACGAGACAGGGGGGAUAUGAUAGAAACCAGGGAAUCAACACAGUAAAGGAGGAGACUAUAUUUAAAAGAAGAAAAACUACCACAACAAGAGGACAUAGUCUUAAAUUAGAGGGGCAAAGGUUUAAAAAUAAUAUCAGGAAGAAUUACUUUACUGAGAGGGUAGUGGAUGCAUGGAAUAGCCUUCCAGCUGAAGUGGUAGAGGUUAACACAGUAAAGGAGUUUAAGCAUGCGUGGGAUAGCCAUAAGGCCACCCUAACUAUACAAUAAGGCCAGGGACUAAUGAAAGUAUUUAGAAAAUAGGGCAGACUAGAUGGGCCGAAUGGUUUCUAUGAAACCUUUAUCACAUAUAUAACAUGAUUAAAGCAAAUAUAACAAAUGUGCUUAAUUUGCUGUCUUGUAUUAGAGACCAUUUAGCUGCAAUUCCUAAAAGAACUGUCUACUCCAACAUCCGUGUGCUUAUGAGUUAUUUUAAAAGAGAACUUUGACCAGCAUGGUGUUUAUUAUAGAAUCUGCCGGAACUCUUAUUCCAGACACCGUCUUGGAGAGAUAUCAAAUAUAUUCAGUGAGGUUAAACUCUGUUUAUGUAUAAAGACAUGGGUACUGGAUGGGGUGACACAAUUUUAUUUAUUUUUUUUCAAAAUAUUUAGUUUGAGAAAAGCAAUUUAGAGAACAACAUUUUAUUUCUUGUGAGAAAGUGACUGCAGUUUACCACAUGACGGAACUGCAGUCAAUGUUUGCUAUUUUCCCUUGUGACAAGUCUCUGUGAUUUUCAUUAAACCCCCAGGCAAUGCCUAUAUUUCAUGUUUUUAUAUUUAAAGCAGUGUGGUAGCCCCUGGGAUAUUGGUGUUGUUAGCUGGAGACUUUGUUACCACAGUAAAUACCUCUGCCUAAUACUUUAUGUGCAUUUUUCUGCAAAUCCUGCAUAAUUAAUUUUUUUCUUAUUGUCCUGAGUUCACCUCCCUUCUCCGCACUGCUUCUUACGAAGCUAUAAGAAAUUCUAGCACAGCAUUACUUAUAGCUUCAUAAGUAUAACUCAGGCCAAGAUGGCUGUAUAUUAAAUAUAAAACCAAACAAAAAAAAAACACAUAAAGUAAAACAACAUGUCCUCUGCGCAUGGCCUUUAUGCCGCAACUCAGAUAAAAAGGAAAAAAUAAUUAAGUACACAGUGGUUACUUACUAUAGCUGAUAGAUUCACUGCUGGGCUUUUGGUGAUAGUUCCAUAGUUCCAAAUUCCAUCUUCACCACAAUUCCAAAAAAAGCUAUUUGUAAUCAGUAAGCUCAAAAACAUCCCCAUAAUGUAGAUCCCUUUAACCCCUUAAGGACCAAACUUCUGGAAUAAAAGGGAAUCAUGACAUGUCACACAUGUCAGGUGUCCUUAAGGGGUUAAAGUACUCCUUUUAUUGAAAAAUAUGCAACAUGGUACAAAAAAAAAUACACACAGACCUCAUAAGUAAGAUGGUAUUUAGAAAAACUCUUACAUAAAUUGACAAAAGUACAAAAAACACCUAAUAAAAUGCAAAGUCCUAUAUCCAAGUAAGCAAGAAAUUACUCAGACCCUUUGUAUAAAACAGCCUUGGACCUUAAGGGGUUAAAGUAAACAAAAAUGUCCGACUGCUAUGUUUGUUUUCAUCAUGACCAAAAAUAUAAGUGAGAACCAUGCUUGCUCCACAUAACUCACUAUUACACUUCAUAAAUGGUCAAAACACCAUAUGUCUGAUAUCACUAGGUCGCUGCCAGACUUUCCAUUUUAAACUAGGAUCGCUAUAAUCCUUUUUCUUCAUUUUUCAUUUUUUAUUUUUAAUAUAUUGUAGUGUACAUGCACAUCAGGGGUGAGCUCUCACCUUCUAUAUAGAAUUAAGCAUGGACCCCAAAUAUUUCAGUUAGGCUCAUUGUUAUUAUUCGCAAAGCACUAACAACUUUUACAUAACUGCACAACAUAAAAUAAAUUAUCGUUUCAGUGUUACACUAAGGAUAAUGAGAUAUCGGCUGUGUGAGAAUCCUUAGUUAUAACAGAUGGGAUACAAAAGUUUAGAAAUCUCUGCUUUAGUUCAUAGCGCUUGUGGAUGAAUUUUACUAUACAUGUUAGUAUUGUAAUUGUAUAACAUUCCCAAAGCUGCUGCUUUUAAACGUGUAAAUCUCAGCAGCAGGUAAACUCCCUCCAUCAAUUAGACACCUCUCAUUCUGGUCUUUGGUGUCGGAUCUCAUUCUAUAAACCUCUAUCUAGCAAAGUAAUUUUGUUUAUGUUUAUUAUGUAGGGUAAGAAAAUGUUUGUAUUUGCAUAAAUUCCAAUUAUUAUAAUUUGUAGUCAGACCAAACACAAUAGAACUCCCCACAAUGUGAUGCAAAUUAAAAAUGUAUCGUUGUGCAAUAGUGCAUCACCUAUAUAUCUUAAGAUGGAUUUUGGGAAAGUCGGUCUUGCGCAAAGUAAUUCCAAUAAAUCAUGUUUCCCCUAUCAGCUCAGAAUUCCAAGCUCAACAUUCAAAUCAGCACAGACAGGCAUCGUAUUUCAGACUUCAUCCUGCAUUUCUGUAGGUACCGCUAGUGAAGGAACACUUUUUUAAACCAAACCAUUGGUUUAGAACCAUUGACCAGCAAACAGCAAUGGAUUUUGAAGUUUCAGUCUUCUGGUUCUCGGCAGUAUGGAACUGGUUCUGGUCUAAACAUUGAAGCCUCCCUGUGAUUAUAUAACUAGGUGCCAAAAAAGUUGUUCAAAGACCAAAGCUGAUAAAUUCUCAACCCACAAUCUGGUGCGAAUUAAAAAUGACUGUUACUAGCUUUGUGCUCAUAGAUCGACUUCAACUUUUAGAACAGGACCAUGGUCAUGCUGACGAGACAAGAGGUCAAAAUUGUUUCUAAUUAUUGGUCUUUUUGAAUCAAAAACUAUGCCUAGAGUUUAAAAAGUCAUAUAUCAUAGACUCUGUACAUUUUCCAAAAUAGUUUACUCUGACUUUACACAUGCAGCUUUACAAUAACUAAAACGAUAAGGCAGGCAUGUCCUGUGUAAUCACUUUUAUACAAAUUCGGUGAUUUAUAUCACAAGUGCACCGACAGUUUUACACAUUUUUGUGGUUUUUUUUUACACCCUUCUGUGUUUGACACACUAAAUCUGUCCUUUUUUUCUUUAAAUCUGUUGCUUCUUUUGUGCCAUUACAGUCAAUUCAAAAAGUACAGAUAUUUUUUUAGGUGACAAAUGUAUUAAUGUUUCAAUCACAUUUUUCAUUAGGAGAGUUUUGAUUCACUUGUCUGUUUUCCAAUACUAGAAAUGUGACUGUUUUUGAAAUAGACAAUCUUUUCUACAAAUUAAUGGACAUAUCUAGGCAGUAAAAUGCUGACACUUUUUUUAGACAAAUUUAGAACAACUGAAUGAAUAGGAACACUUUCCGUACAGUUUGAGAAAUCUCCCCCAUUGUCUUUUGAAACACUAUGUAUAUAAAUUAGUUUGGUUAGUGAAUAUCAAGAGGUACUUAAACUAGAACUCAAAUCUUAUACAAUUCUUCACUGAUGAUAUAUUAGGGAUGUAAUAACCUUAAAUGCGAGUAUUAGAUUUAGCUUUCAUUAUUUUGGAUACAUUGUUUUGCUGUAACAAUACAAUGGUUUAAUUCCAGUCUGGAGAGCCUGUGAAAAAUAUUAAAGAGACUCUCCAGUGCCAGGAAAACAAACCCGUUUUCCUGUCACUGCAAGAUCCUGUAAUGCCACCCUCCCACUUGCCUCCCAUCCCAUGCUGCUGAAGAGGUUAAAACCCUUUUAGCUACUUACCUGAAUCCAGCGCCGAUGUCCUGCCGAUGUAACAGGCAGAAGGUGAUCAGCGCUUAAGAUUAUAUAUACAUACUAUACAGAUGAUAUUCUUAGUAUAUGAAUCUAUAAGUACAAAGCAAGAAACAGAUUAUGGUGCAGUACAGUAGAUGUUUGUGAAUGGAGUACAAAUGGGCAUUUGUGCACACUCACACUUUUUAGAACUGUCUCAGCUCUAUUAUGAAGGCCUGGAUGGAAUAAUCCCCAUCUAUGGAUAUAAAUGGAGGGUCUUUGGAGAUUGUUUUCCGGAUGGAGUAGGUAUAUGUGAAAAAAGACAAAAUAGGGAAUCCAAUGGUAUAGUAUAUACAAACAAUUGGUAUUGAUGGAGGAAAAUAUCCUACUUACGUCACCCAGAGCAAUGUCCUGCUCUGGUAUGAAAAACUUGAGGUGGAACAAUCCCCACCUAGGGAUAUAUGCUGGAACCAGAAGGAUGAUGAGAGCUGUAUGAAGGAUGUAUAACACAGGUGAUGAUGUAUAACAUAGUAGGUUUAUUAAAUAAAAAGAUGGAAACAACAGCUAUAUAAGUAAAAACAAAUAAACAGACUUUGGAUAAAAUAAGUUCUCAUUUAACACGUUUCCCCAAAGGCUUUCUCAAAAGUCUGUUAUCUUUAUUAUUCAAUGCUUUCCUUUGGGGAAAAUCUGACACUGGAGGUCCGUCAGGACGUCUAGCGUCAGAUAACCGACCAAAGGUGAUAGAUAGGUGAUAGAAAGCCACAGAGGGCAGACAUACACCUGCAAUGUAAACAUUGUAGUUCUCUGGAACCAGGACCGGACUGGGGAUACAAAGCAGCCCUGGAAAAAUAAAUCGAUGCCAGCCACACAGCACGGCGUGGGAAAAAAAAAAAGGUGAGUAAAAACACUAUUUCUAAACACACAUACACCAUGACAGACACAGACACACACAUAUACCAUGAGAGAUGACACACACACACCUUAUCAGACACACACAUAUAUAAUGACAGAUGACACGCACACACACCUUAUCAGACACACACAUUUAGUUAGACACCAUGACACACACACAAUGACACAGACACACACACAUCAUGACAGACAGACCGACACACACCAUGACUCUCCUCCAGCUCUGCUUCACUCCUACUUGAUAUUUCUUGUCCUAAUGUUUCCAAUACCCCACCUCCUAUAGUCUGUAAGCUCAUUUGAGCAGGGUCCUCUUCAACCUAUUGUUCCUGUAAGUUUUCUUGUAAUUGUCCUAUUUAUUGUUACAUCCCCCCUCUCAAAAUAUUGUAAAGCGCUACGGAAUCUGUUGGCGCUAUAUAAAUGAUGAUAAUAAUAAUAAUAAUGACACAGACACACACAUACACAUCAUGACAAACAGACCGACACACCAUGACACACACACACACACACACACACACAUAUCAUGACAGACAGACACACCAUGACACAGACCCACACACAUCAUGACAAACAGACAGACACACCAUGACACAGACCCACACACACACAUCAUGACAGACAGACACACUAUGACACACACAAUGACACACAGACAGACACACACCAUGACACACACACACACACACACACACACACACAUACACUCAUACACAUAAUAUAGCUACCUGUGGGCGACCGGCCAGGAAGUCGUGCAGGGCAGACAGGUGGGUCAGGUGUGCUGGGGGCCGCAAGGGGGAGCUGGCUCUUCUGGCGGCCACAGGGGGAGCUCAACUGGUGGCCGCAUGGGGGAGCUCAUCUGGCGGCCGCAGGGGGAGCUCUUCUGGCGGGCCGCAUGGGGGAGCUGGGUGUUCUGGCUCUGCUCCCCAGCGCGCAGCUUAAUGAGACCGGGGCCGGAAUAUGAACUGCCCUGGCCUUGUCUGGAACAGCAAUGUUUUACAUUGCAGCACUAAGUGAAAUAGGGGCACAGCACCCAGACCACUUCAAUUAGCUGAAUUGGUCUGGGUGCCUGGAGUGUCCCUUUAAUGCUAAAUAUUGGACUAAUAACAUACAUUUGCUAUGGGUAAUUUAGUUAGACAGAACACAAGUGACAUAUCUUAUCUACUUGUGGUAUAUUUCUAAAUACAUAGAGCAUUGUGUUAGAAAGGAAAUAUAUUACUCAAGAAUGUAACUAUUUCUAGCCAUGUACUCAUUUAGUUGCACUAUGGUUAAAUAAUGCAUAAAGAUACAAUCCCAAUACUAAAAUAAAUAAAUAAAUAAAAACAACAAUGAAACAAAGAGGACAUCAGAUUCCUGUUAUACUAGUUGUACCUACUUUUUUUCAAGAUAGUUAACAAUAAAUAAAACAAACAAAUACAAAACCCAAAUACAACAUCAGAUUAUUUGAUACUAGUAUUUUAUUUUUUUUAAAAAUAGGUCAAAUUGUGUGACAAGGUCAGAACUCCUUUUCAUAUUGCUUUAGUCGCAAGAAUAUAGGAUUGGACAAGCAUCAUUUCUUAGGGGUGGGGGAUGGGAUUAAUAAUCUGUAUUCAAUUGAAGUCUUUAUAAUUUGCUAUUAUGCUGAUAUACCCAGAUGAUUUACACCGUAUGAUUUCUUUGUAAUGGAAAUUUAUUUGAUUCCCAGUUAUACACAGGAACACAUGCUGUCUUUUUAAAAUGUGCCAAAAAAAACAGAAAGUUAGAAUAAAUAAACAAAUUUGUGUUGCAUACUAAAGGGUGACUGGGAACAGAUUUUUAAAUACACUUCUGCGCCAGAAUAAAUCUUUAAACACUGCUUAUAUAAAAUAUAUUUAUUGAGUGAAAAUGAAUAACACGUUCAUAAAUAAUCAAUGGUUAAUACCUCAGUUUACUGAUAAAUUGUUUAUCCUUUCAGUAUAAACCGUAAAUAUACAACAAUUAUCGUCCAGAUAUCUUUACCAAAAUAGUUUUAAAAUACUUUAGAACCUUAACUAGGCAAAGGCUAGAAAUGCUUGCUUCCAUUAAAGGGACACUUCAGACCCAUAAAGCACUCUAGCUUGCCAAAAAGCUUUAUGUGUAAAGAGUGUGUCCUAAUUUUUUCAUUUUACAAACAAGUGCAGAUUUUAAUAGAAAUGUACACUUUCAUAAACUAACCUAGUUACACCCCCUUGGCAUUCAAGCAGACCACAGGUAAAAUUGCUUCCUGGUUUCAUUAGCGCAGUUAAGCUAAACUCAAGAUGAAAAAAUCACUCCGAGCACCUGCUCUGCAAAGACUUUUCACUGAGCUGCAUUGGGAUGUCUGUGAUUGGACAGACACAGAAAGUCUAGUUAGAAUGGGAGGGCAUGCAAAGGCAGCAGACAAGAGAACUGCAGGUUUGCAAGCUGUUUUUAGAUAUAAUGCUUAAUUAAAUGCAUUCACUAAAGUGAGAAUUUAAAGUGAAUUUCAAAUAGAUGUGGAUAUUCUGGAUCUAUUUCUUUACCCACUCUGAGUCCAGUCAGAGAAAAAUGCAGUUUUUUUGUUGUUGCCAAUACCGGCACCAGCCAGACAGCUUUUCAUUUUUGGUCAUUCGCCUCAAGCUCCUGAUGGAGCCUGCUAGCCAGCCUCCUGCCCCAGGAUUAUGGACCAUAUAAAAUACCCUGCAAACUACUCUGUUCGUGUGAUUUAGGAUGAUGUUGGUCAGGGACCGCUUGGGUAAACCGCUUGGGUGCUUUUCCUAUUCGUUUGCUAGCGUGAAGUUCCAAUUUGGGAGUUUGGAGUGCUAUUUUGUAUGCAGUUCGGGAGUUUGGAGCAGUCCCUUGUAUUCAGUUCGGAAGUUUGGUGUUCUGCAGUAGCUGUGCCUGUAUCUCUGGAAGGGGAAGGGACGUGCUUAACUGUGUCUGAAAUUGUAUAAAUGCAGGCCAUCUGGCCAGAUUAUACUCCCAGAGCUGAGUGUCGUUGCUGGGGAUGAGGUGGGAUAUUCUUGGAUUGUUUUACUUGUUCCUGACUGUAAUUUGGUGUAACUAGUGAAGGGAAGUCCCUGCUAGGACUAGGGCUCCGUUACAUUGGUGGCAAGCGGUGGCAAGCGGUGGGAUCAUACUUCCCAGCUGAAAGGAACAAGCAUGGCGCCAUGCUACAGUGAGGAAGAAUUUGACAAGAUGCUAAAGACGCUGCUGGCUUACUAUGGGCCCAACCCUGCUGAGAAGUACAUACAGCACAUGACGAAAAUAGUGGCCGAGUACCUGCAGUGCACAGCAGAACUGACAAGUGAGAGGGCACGAAGGGGGAAUACCCCAGCGCCAGUGUGGGGGCCAGGGAGAAGAGACAGUCGGUCUCUCUCCCUAGCGGCAGAGUGUGUUACAAGGAGAGAAGCAUGUCGUCCUUCCUCCCCAGUGGCAGUGUGAGGUCCAGGGAACGGAGACAAUGGGUCUUGUUCCCCAGCGGCAGUGCAUCAUGCAGGGAGAGGAGACAACCAAUCUCUCUCCCCAGAGGCAGCCGGAUACACCUUGGGAGGGGACAGUCGGUUCCCCUCCCCAACCACAGGGAAAGAUACAGGGAGUGGAGACAGUCAGUCCCACUUUUCAGCAGCUGGGCCUAUCGUCCGGAGAAAAGCCCCCUGGCGUGGAUGGUGCAGAUGGGACGGGAUGGUGCAGAUGGUCUCUGCACCAGCCCUACAUGGAUGCUGGGCGGCCAGCCCAGAUCCCCAAGAUGCAGAUACAGCCCAGGAGGAGGAUACAGGUGGUCCUCCUCCACAACAGCAUGGUGAGAGCUUGGGAGAAGAGGGUGUCAUCCCUCCCCAGCCACAGCGGGAAUGCCACUGAGAGUUGGUAGUUGAUUCCUCUCCCAAGCGGCCAAUUCCCAAUGGUGUCCCGGGUGCAGUGUAGGGAACUAUGGCUUCCACAGACACCCUCCCAGCAGAAUAGCUGGCAUCAGGGCAGAGCACAGCUGGCCUCUGCCCUGCCUGUCCAUUUGCUCUGGAAGAGAUGAUAAGAGGGCCAACCCAGCUGGCAACGCUGCAACGCUGGCCUCUGCCCACCAAGCACCGACAGCUCCACGACUGGGAGCAAGGGAGAGAGCGGGGGUGACGGACAGUACCCACACAGAAGCUUGGAACUAACCAGGCCGAGUCUAGAGCAGGAGGCUACCAAGUCAAACAAUUGUGUGUGUGUGGGCUUCCAGACUACCUCAGGCACCGAGCGACAGGAGGUCAGGUACCUGGUUAGUCUACCCUUGGGGGGGAAGAUAUGUGACAAACUCCUGGAGGAGCCUGCUAGCCAGCCCCCUGCCCCAGGAUUAUGGGCCAUACAAAAUACCCUGCAAACAACUCUGUUUGUGUGAUUUAGGAUUAUGUUGUUAGGGAACCGAACGGCCGCAUGAACCGGAGACCACCGAGGAGCCUGUUAAGCCCAAUUGCACUGAUUUCAUGGAACGGUUUUGGGCAUAGGACCAUGUGCUUGGUCGGUCAAAAUUAUGACUUCCAGGGUGUGACAGAUUCAUCUGUAUUGCUGGUUCGUCUGUUUCCCUUUGUUUCGCUGGAUUUCCUGUUCGUAUACCCCCGUUCGUGUAAUUUACAAACUACCGAUUGAAACUACCGAACGAACGACCACCCAGGAGAGGAGUGUGCUGCUGGUUAACCUCUUGGCCCCAAUUAGAACGUUGUGGUUAACUGCAGACACCUCUCCAUUCCAUUCGUACGGGUGGUCGUCGUUCGCAUGUCGACCACGAGGCAGCGGCCAUUUUGGGACACACGAAAGCAUAGCGGUGUUCGGUACAAAUUGUAUGGAACUAAAAACGGACACUUUAAACUACCGAACACCGCUGGAAGCUGAUGCCCACCUUCUAUUUCGACAAGGCAUGCGAACGCCGGUCGUUCGGGAGUUUUUAUGCAUUCGUAUGGACUUUUACCCAGAUAGCCGUCCCAUGGAGUCAUUCGUAUACCGAAGGACUGGUGAAAGACUUUGACUCCAUGGCGAUUCGACUAGAUACAUCGGAUCUGAGCGCUAUUCGGUGAAAAUAUGCACUCAGAUCCAGGCUGUCUGGGGAUACGUUAUACGAACUAUAUCCAUUCGGUAUUUUCCCAGUUAUGUAUUUUAAUGUAUUUUUGUUACUGUAUUUUAAAAUGGCGAUUGUCUCUACCCUGGGAGAUAAUUAGGUUUCUUCCUAAUUAUCUCCGGGGUAGAGAGGACGGAUUUGUGGGUAAGAUGGGAAGGGCUUAUAUUGAAGCCACUGCGAUUGGCUACUGUUCAAUAUGUUUUACAGUCUUCCACAAGGUCCCCUCGGGGAGUGUCCACCUUGUGGAGACCUGCAUAAAUACCGGGCAGGUAGCCCCCAUUAAACAGAUCUUUAUUUGACCCUCAAGACAGAGCUUGGUCUCGUUUGUGGGGGAAUUAUUACUGGGACAGCUCUUUCGUUAUUUUUAGCUGUGGAAGGCGUUCGACUGUUUUGCUGAUCAGGAAUUGCCGUGUUCGUGGACUUCGUUCGGGAGUUUGGUGGUCGGCUGGAUAUAAACUGCAUUUCUGGAGAAGGGGAUUAUUUACUAAACGGCGGCUUCAUCUACCUGGCGGUGAGUGUCUUAACAAUUGGUGGCAAGCGACGGGAUGAAUCCUACCGCCCAGAAGGCCAGCUACACAUCCCAGGUUGGAAAUGCAGUAUGAAGAGUUAAGGCGUGCUACCCUUAAAGAUAUAUUAGAACGCAGAGGACGAUCAGCGAGUAAUCUCAAGAAAAGGGAGAUUAUUGCCAUACUUUUGGAAAUGGAUGCAGCACAGGGAACGGGAAGAGCUGAUGUGCCUGGCAUACUGGAGUUAACACCCGAGGAGAUACAAUUUAACCGGGCAGUUCAGAUCAGGCUGGCACAUUUUGGCCCCAACCCCGCAGCAGAUAUUGUGGUUCAAGUGCAAGCAGCAGUAGCAGCACAACAGGCGCUUCAAGGAAGAGGCGCUGCAGCAGCUGAGGUACCCUAUAAUAAUAAUGGAAGGAGAAAAGUACCCUUUGCUGCAUUUCGAAAUUUUGUAGAAGCCGAAGGAGAGAUUGAUGGGUUCCUGGCUGAUUUUGAAAGGCAAUGUGCCUUACACCAGGUACCCGCAGGGGAAUGGGUCACCAUCCUCUAUGGGAAGUUAUCCGGCCGGGCCAGUGAGGCGUUUUGGGCCAUCCCAGAGGAGGAAAUUACCAGCUACAGGGCAGUGAAGGAUGCCCUUUUGGCCAGAUACGCUGUAACCCCUGAGGCGUACCGGCGGCGAUUCCGGGACACCAACAAACAGGCUGGCGAUUCUUAUGUGGAGUGGGCAUGCCGAGUACACCGCACAGCAGCCCACUGGAUGUCGUUCGCAUGUCGACCACGAGGCAGCGGCCAUUUUGGGACACACGAAAGCAUAGCGGUGUUCGGUACAAAUUGUAUGGAACUAAAAACGGACACUUUAAACUACCGAACACCGCUGGAAGCUGAUGCCCACCUUCUAUUUCGACAAGGCAUGCGAACGCCGGUCGUUCGGGAGUUUUUAUGCAUUCGUAUGGACUUUUACCCAGAUAGCCGUCCCAUGGAGUCAUUCGUAUACCGAAGGACUGGUGAAAGACUUUGACUCCAUGGCGAUUCGACUAGAUACAUCGGAUCUGAGCGCUAUUCGGUGAAAAUAUGCACUCAGAUCCAGGCUGUCUGGGGAUACGUUAUACGAACUAUAUCCAUUCGGUAUUUUCCCAGUUAUGUAUUUUAAUGUAUUUUUGUUACUGUAUUUUAAAAUGGCGAUUGUCUCUACCCUGGGAGAUAAUUAGGUUUCUUCCUAGUUAUCUCCGGGGUAGAGAGGACGGAUUUGUGGGUAAGAUGGGAAGGGCUUAUAUUGAAGCCACUGCGAUUGGCUACUGUCCAAUAUGUUUUACAGUCUUCCACAAGGUCCCCUCGGGGAGUGUCCACCUUGUGGAGACCUGCAUAAAUACCGGGCAGGUAGCCCCCAUUAAACAGAUCUUUAUUUGACCCUCAAGACAGAGCUUGGUCUCAUUUGUGGGGGAAUUAUUACUGGGACAGCGCUUUCGUUAUUUUCAGCUGUGGAAGGCGUUCGACUGUUUUGCUGAUCGGGAAUUGCCGUGUUCGUGGACUUCGUUCGGGAGUUUGGCGGUCGGCUGGAUAUAAACUGCAUUUCUGGAGAAGGGGAUUAGUUACUAAACGGCGGCUUCAUCUACCUGGCGGUGAGUGUCUUAACACAGGGAAAUUCUGAAUCCCUGAACCAAUCUGGGUGAUUUUUGGAUAUGUUGGUCACCCUGAUCAGGGCUAUCAGGGGAUGUAACUUUUGUGGGGUUGUUGUGUGUUUUGAAGGUAUUUUGGGGUUUUUGUAAUAUUGUAUGUUUUUCUGUGCCUGGAGAUAAUUGAGUUAGUUCAGUUCCUGACUCUGUUAUCUCUCAGGCACAGAGGAGAAGAUUGUAACUUGUAACUAGUCCCCUCUCAGGUCCAGGAGAGGGAUUAUCCUGUUUGUGUGGGAGUGUCAGGGGCGUGAUUAACUAUGUCUGAAAUUGUAAAAAAGCAGGCCAUCUGGCCAGAUUAAAACAUUACAGUUAUACCCCCAGAGCUGAGUGUCGUCCAGUUGCUGGGGAUGAGGUGGGAUUCUUGGAUUGCUUUACUUGUUCCUGACUGUAAUUUUGUGUAACCAGCAGAGGGAAGUCCCUGCUAGGACCAGGGCUCUGCUACAGUGUAUAUCUACUAAACAGUGAUUUUUAUUUAUUUUGUAUUUGGGCAGUAAAGUGACCCUUUAACUAAAGCAGUUUAGCUUAGUGAUGAGCUUUAUGUCUGAAGAAUGUGUCCUCUGUUAAUUUAAAAAAAAAAUAAAAGUGCAGAUUUCAGUAUAAUUUAACCUUUUAUAAAUUAACCUUGUAACAGACCUGUUACUUCCUGGUUUGGUUAGCUCAGUGGAACUGAACACAAGAGUCGGCAAUUGCUCAAGGAACCUGUCUUGCAAAGAAUUCUCAUUGAGCUGCACUAUGAUGUCUGUAAUUGGACAGUAACACAAAGUCUGGACUGGGAAAGAAGGGGAGGAUUUGAAGAGACUUUUGUUUUUAUACCUACCAGCUCAUGUUUUGAUAUCUACCCCGAUGCUCAGAUGAUCGAAGUGAAGUGCGCAUAUGCUAAGUGAACCUUUUAUGGUGUUGUGGUGGAAUUAUCAUGACAGUUAAUUGAAUAACAUGCCUUCUUCUAGAUGGUUGUCCAUUUUGCCAAAGAGUAAAGCUGGACAGGAUUAAUUACUAAAGUGACAAAUAAAGGGAAUUUCCAAUUCAAGGUAAAAAAUAACCAAAUAAUCAGUUUAGCUACUCUGGUGUAAAAGUCACUUAGAAUUUUUACUUUACUAAAUAACCCUGUAAGAGGCAGACGGUAUCAGUGGCGUUCAAUGCAGACUUUAGGAAUGGAUCGUGGAAUUUUUAAUCACAUCUACUUGUUGUUGGGAUUAACAGUGAUUAAUUCCUGAUUUUUAAUGACGAGCCCUAUUUCAUACACUCUGAAUGACUUUUUAAUCAAAUUGCAAUAAUACUUGGCAUUGUUUGGCCACCUGGUACAGUUCAUCUCUGUAUGUGUAAUACCUUCUGUAUACUGACUGGAUUAAAAUUUCUUAUACAGAUUUUGCUUCGGACUGGUCUUUACUACACGAUGCAUCCAUUCAUGGGCGCCUGGUUUCUUUAAACAAGCUCAUUAACCAGGUAAUCACAAAGACAAUAUUCGUUUAUUUCUGUUUUAGAAGAUUAGAGUAUUUCGGAGUUGUUCCUUUUCCUUUUGACAAGGCUAAAGCUGUAGCAAGAAAUAGUAAGCUUGAUUGAUUACUUGAUUAGAGCAUGAAGCUGAUCAUGCUGCCCCAGUAAUGUUGCCACCAUUCUGGGGGGGGGUGGGGAAAUACUAGGCAUGUUAAUUUGCAUAAUUAUAUAUGCAUGACAUCACAUAACAUAACAUUAUAUUAUAUUAUGUAAUAUCACAGGGAGUGACAUAAAAGUAAAAAAAAAAAAAAAUGGAAGACUAUUCCCUUAAUCACUAAAAACUCUGUACAAUGUGUGCACUAUAUGUGACAAUGCAUGUUGCAUUUUGUAUGCAUUGCAGUGUCAGUGUGUAUACAGUGUUUGUGUCAGUGCAUGUGUACUGUGUGAGUGUAUGUGUAGCAUUGUGUCAGUGUGUGUAUACUGUCUGAAUGAGUGUAUGUGUAGCAUUGUGUCUGUGUAUACUGUCUGAAUGAGUGUAUAUAGCAGUGUGUGUAUACUUUGAUUGUGUGUACACUGUCAUUGUAUGUAUACUUUGCCUAAAAGUGUGUACAGCAAUGUGUACAUACUGUGUCUGAAUGGGUUUGUCCAUGUGUGUAUACUGUGAGUGUGUGUGUGGGGUUGUUUGUCAACGUGUGUAUAUGAUGUCCGAUUGUGUGUGUCAGUGUGUGAAUAUAGCAAUGUGUGUACAUAUUCUGUAUAAUAGAGGUGGAUAUUCUGGCUCUAUUUCUUUACCCCCUCAGAGAAAAAUGCUGUUUUUUUUUUUUUGGCCAAUACCAGCACCAGCCAGACAGCUUUAAAUAUCGGCUAGGUGACAAUUGUAUGCCCCACAGACUGAGUGAGGUAAAUGUAUAAAAUCUUUGAGAUCUAUCAAAGUGUUGAGUUACGAAACAUGGUGCAAAAUUGUACAGGUGAAGUAAUUACCAAUGAGAUUGUGAAAGAAACUUUUUUCCAUUCGGUAGCUAUAACUACUGAACUCUGACCACCCCCUGGCUCAUUAUUUUUAAAGAGAACAGUUGAUUAAGUGCUCUCCCUGUGUGGCCACCGUUCAUAUAGUCGAACACCACUUGCAGGAGAAAACGGUGGCCAUCUGGUUCGCAUGAAAGGAGGUAGCGGGACUUGGUCGUCGAGUGUCUGGAACUAAAAUUAGACACUCAACUUCCUGAACACUGGUCAAACUGUACAAAUCUUUCCUGUUACACCCUUCAUCUAAUUUCGGCUGAUGUUUUGGGCACCUGUCUACCUUACUGGGAGAAUCUACCUACUCAGCACCCGAACUGCGAGCUAUAAUCACUCAGGCUCAGGCAGUUCGGGAGGAAAUAGACGAACGGGUAGCUGUUAUACCAGCGUUCGUUACAGUGAUGUUCCUAUUGAUUCAACUGGCUUCCAUGGUGGAAGAUUUUAUACAAAGACACAAACUAGGAGAAAUUUAUAAAAAAAUAUGCAAAUACUAACCAGAAUGCAAUCACCAUGGAAACCAGUAAAGUCUGCCGGCACAUUCUUUGGUGACUCGUCCCCCUUUACAUAUUUGCACCACUUUUCAGAAUAUGACACUUUGAUAGAUAGACCUUCCCCACAGUGCCUGGAAGAGUUUAAUUUCUAUCUUUCUCUGGCAACAGUGUAAUUGUUAGUUGAUUAUUAACUUGCUGUGUGUUCUUGAUUUCCAAAGGGAUUUAGUGUAAAUCAGAUUACUGCAGAUCAUGUAUCACCUCUACAUGAAGCGUGUCUCGGAGGUCAUCCUGCCUGUGUAAAACUCUUACUGAAACAUGGAGCCGAGGUAGGAAUUCUUCAAAGGAAACCAUUUCGCUUUUUUUAGUAAUAACAGCCAAAAAAUCAUUGUGAUGAAAAAAUACAGAUGAUCUACCCCUGUUUUAUAAAUGUCUACACAACCCUCACUGGUACUGACAAUUAGUUAUAGUUUACCAUUUUGUACACUGAACAAAAAGGCAUGUUUUCUACUAAACUGCAAUGGACACUCCAUCAAGGCACAAUAAAAGAUCUGUCAGUGGAUGCACCCUUACCAUUGUGGGGCUCAGGGCAUUCUCGCAUCCAAAUUAACAUAUGUAAUUAGCCACAUACAUAUAAUUCUAUACAUAGCCUGCCACUCUCAGAGCAUUGUAUUUAGAUGCCAAUAGUAAUAUGACAGCUUGGACAUGUCUUGAUUCAAAUUAUAAAAUAUAUGUUUGUAAAAACCAUUUUAUUUUUUUUUAAAUGGGGUUUAUGCAUUAAAAAAAUCAAUCACUUAUAGUUAACUGAAAAUCAAAUGGCAACGUUUAGGUAAAAAUAGCAGAUAAAAAAAACAAACAAAAAACAAACUGCUACUCACUAAAAUCUAUUCACUAAUGGGAGAACUGCUGGAAAUGCAAAGGGAAUUUCUAAAUUUAGGCCAAAAUAGCCCAAUUACAAAAAUGUAGUUCAUCAAAAAUCUGUUUUGUUCUCUGUAUGACUAUUUAGACCUUAAUUUGAAAUUCACUUUGAAUCCAAUUUGAAUUCUCAGUAAUUCUACCUUUAGUGAAUUAUGCUGAAAGUUAUUGCAAUGUGUACUGCAACUUUUAUGACAAAAAAACGCUUAGCUAUAAACUCACUGAAUUGGAGUAUUUUCCCACUUUGGCUAUUUUGAUCUAAAAUUUCGAGAAUUCUAUUUUACCGAAUUAAUUUCUGAAUAACAAAAUUCAGGUUGAAAUAGCAGAGCAGUGGCUAUAGUUGAGUUAAAGAAUUUCUUUAAAUCAGCUGUUUUCUACAAUUUUGCCAUUCAGAUUUUAAUUGUGGUCAGACAUUGAGUACACUAGAUGCUCUCAGAUUAAAUAAAAAAAAGUAGCAAAGGAAACUAAAUACACACUGUACAGAUUACUCUUCCACCUUCCAUUAACUCCGCUUGAUACGAGAUGUAAUGCCAUAUAAGUGGGUUCACAAGAGAUUGUCUCACUCUGCAUUCUGUUGUAUGUUUGAAGCCAAAUUCAAAAUCUUCAGUUUACUAAGUGGUGGAAAUAGCAUAGCCACACUGAAGCUGAAUUCAGGUUUGCUUGGAAGUCAAUGUAAAGAUCCAUGAUAUUUAUUACAACAGUUCACAAAUUGGCUACUAAGCCUAACUAAGCUCAGCCGUCAGAUCUGUUUCACUGGCUCAAGUGCUAACAAAGAACAGAGUGUCGCUGUUUGCAAUUUUAAAAAAAUAAACUUUUUUAUUUAAAAAAAAAAAAAAGGCAUUUCUUAUUAUGUCCUAAUAGAGAGCUAAUGAGCUCACGGAGAGCUGAUCAGUGAUCUAUAGACAUCAAAUUAAAGAAAAUAGUUAGAGCCCAGGAAACUGUACAUCCCCUGUGUACCACAGGGAAUCAACACGUAUUUGUUAUACAGUAUCUGUGAGACUGGGCAUCACCUUUGCCCUUUAAAGGAACAACUAUUACAGGGACCUAUUAGUCUUGGCAUAUCCUGGGCAGUCUAUUGUUACCCUUUUUGUGCACAUGGAGAGAGAUGAGGUAACAGCAAAGUGUUAGGCCCUGAUCAGUUCUAUAUGGGAUCUAGAGACUCCACAUAUUUUGAUGCCAAAAUAAAAAAAAAAACACCAGGUUCUAAUAAAUCAAGCCAUUUGGGUGAAUUUCAGAGAUUUUCGCUGUGUUUAGCAAUUCACUAUUGACCGCACAAGAUUUAAUCAGUAGAAUAUCUUUUCAGUAGAUUAUUGUUCUCUUAUGUUUUUUUUGCUUAAAAGAGUUAACCGUUAUUUUUCACAUGUUGCUUCUAGGUUAAUAUUCCAAACGUAGACUGGAAAACUCCUGUGUUUAACGCAUGUGUCAGUGGCAAUGUGGCUUGUGUCAAUCUGCUGUUAAAGCAUGGAGCCAGUCCAAACGGCAUCUGUGACGUAGCCUCUCCAAUUCACGAAGCAGCUAGGAGAGGUAAGAGUUAGUAUUGUUCAUGGUUUAUGGAUCAAUAAUGUUAUGGCUUUUUAAAAAUUCGGUUUUUUUUUUGCCCAGGAAAAACACAAGUCAAUUACUAUGUACUUCAAUCCCAUCGGGUCUGCCAUGAGCUUUUUAUACAUAUUAUUUUAUUAUUAUAAAUUAUAUAUUUAUUAUUUAGCGCCACCAAGGUCCGUACAGCUAUAAGUGAUUAACAAAAAAUUCACUACUAGGUAACACUAAUUCAUUAAUUUUUCACUAUGAAAGAGACGCUUUGAGAGAAAAAUAAUAAAUAAUAGACAGAGUUAGGUGAGCUCUUCUUAUGGCAAGUACCUACUUAGAAUAUAAUAUUUAAUAUGUGGCUCUACAUAAUACUAUACAAAUGGGAUGGCGCAAGUAGCAUAAAAAUAUAAUAAAAAUGUGAAUGUUAUUAACAAUGCAGCAGCCCAAUCUGAUAAGCCCUGGUGAUACAACUCAGAAAAACUGUAUAAUUAUUAAAAGAUUGGUGCAUAUAAAACCAAUAAAUAAUAUAAAACCCACUGAUGAUACUUAUGUGAAAUACUCAGACCCCACACAUAUUCUGGGUGAUGAAUAUUACAUACAGCGAUAGUAAAGAAGUAGUGAAAGAUACUUAUGUGCCAAAUUAAAACAAUGAUCUAUGGCAAAAUAGUGCAGGGAAAUUCACAAUAAAUAUACUUGCACAAACCGCUUCACAGUCAUCGAAUCAACAAAUAAAUAGACAGAAAAAAUACUAGUGCAAUAUGUAAAGUAAAAUCACAAUUAAUAAAAAAGAAUGCUCAGAAUUGGAAACUCACAAGAUUUUAGUAGUUAAAGUACCACUCUCCAAUAUAAGGCUCUGGGGGGAUCAGACCCUAGUGAGCGUGGGAUCCGAUGGAUACACUUGCAGCCAGCCAAAUUAGAUCAGAGGAAGGGCGAUUGGGACCAACGUCUGAGAAGACGUGAAUGUUACUGGAUCUACUGCCUAAAAACAUUGUCCCCUAGGGGACUCAAUGAAGGCUUUUCAUACUCCCCAUUUAUUUUGAAGUCUCUAAUUUUGAGGACGCAUGUAACUAUUCAAACGUAUACCUCGUAUGCUCUUUUCAUUGUAAAUUGUUUCUUUCCAGCAGUUUCUUUUUUUUUUUUUACAUACACUAUCAUCUCCCAAUUUCCCCUUUCCUAAAAAGGGAAAUAAAUGACCAUAUCCAAGACUAUAUUCAAGAUACUGUCACUUUAAAUCGGUGAUAUGCAAUAACAUACAUUCACACAGUGAUCCAGCAGCACAUGAACGAUCAAUAUGAGAUUUAUUAAAUUUAGUUUUCUUUUAAUGCUCAUGUAUACAUUACUGUUUAAUUACUUGUUGAUUUGGGUGCUACCUCGGUUACUGAUAGUGCCGAGACGGCUAUCCAGCACGUACAAUUUAUUCUACUUUUCAAGCAGCGGAGCUCAUUCAUGUCUAACCGACAACAGGUAGGAAUCCCAUAGGGUCCUAGCGCUGCCAAUCAUGUUACAUCAGAGACCGGUGACUCCACCCACAGUAUCCCCACGUGGACAUAUAAUUGAACCGUCAUUGUUGACGUAUUCAUGUCCACGAACCGGAUUGGUCACUUUACAUUAAAAUACCAUGGGUUUUUGGGAGACAAAUGUUUAGCCCCUGACGAAGGAGUCUGUGAACUCCGAAACGCGCGUUGGGUUUAGCUCGGCAAUUUGCACUUCACUGAGCACAUUAUAAUGCACUUGUAGGGAAGUCCUCUUUCCUCUACGCUUUUCAUUUGCACCUCUUGUUUUGUAGCUUGGCGAUGUAAUUUUCCACUUGGAGUUUAAUUAAAAGGUGAGAUCGACAUGGGGACCUUGUUUUACAAAUUUUAGAGGUAGCCUUAGUUUAGAACACCCACUAAGGUGUUAUCAGGAGUAUUUAGGGAAUUAGCAUAGCAGUGCUUGUAGCAGCUUUUUCUAUGUAACAUUGCAUCUAUCGUUCUAACGCUACAUUUGUUUCUGCCUACACUUUCUUGGAAGGAUUUGAUUAUAGCUACUAUCUAGACCACGCUCCCCUAACUUCGGCUACCCCACUUAUAACAAGGUAUCCUUAUACUGCUUGUCUAUCCACCUUAGAUAUUUUCAAGGAACAUCUUUUGAACACCUUAACCAAGAGUGCUCAAACACAAGGCUCUCAUUGUAUUUGCACUAUAUCUGAACAGCAAUGACUAGCCACGAGCUUUUCUCCUUACUGCUCACUUAAGGGAAAUAGCAUUUAGCAGCACUACUAUGUGGGUAAUUGCUACUAUAGUAUCCUUCCCGAUAGAGGUUAAAUAAAGUUACUUUUCUUUUUUAGUUUUAUUAUACCACCAAGAAGUUAAUGUGUCUCAUUCUGGUAUAUAUACACACUUUUUUCCUACUAUUUUGCUCUCCAAGCUAGCUUACUAGGUACUUUUGAUGUUAGAAUUGUGUUCCUCUUUCAUCCAUACCAGUGCUUGGGAGCUCCCCUCCGGGGUUGCCUUCCCAUUUAUGUUCUUUGAUAUUUUCAUUGUCUUAUUCAGGGUUCAAGCCCACUCUGGUGGGGCUGGUAGCACCAUCCUGGCCAUUUUUUCCCUGGUUUUUCGACCCAAUCUAUUGUGGGUGAAAAUUAAAGGAAAAUCCUUCUAUUCUUCUAGUGAAAGAAACGUAUGUGCCAAAUUAAAACAAUGAUCUAUGGCAAAAUAGUGCAGGGAAAUUCACAACAAAUAUACUUGCACAAACAGCUUCACAGUCAUCGAAUCUACAAAUAAAUAGACAGAAAAAAAACUAGUGCAAUAUGUAAAGUAAAAUCACAAUUAAUAAAAAAGAAUGCUCAGAAUUGGAAACUCACAAGAUUUGAGUGGUUAAAGUACCACUCUCCACUAUAGGGCUCUGGGGGGGAUCAGACCUUAGUGAGCGUGGCAUCCGAUGGAUACACUUGCAGCCAGACACAAGGUAACACACGGACUUUGUAGUUUAUUUGCUGCAGUGUCCGUGUGGCAAACAAUACGUGGGAAAGACUAAGAGACCCCUGAAAGUACGCCUUAUGGAACAUAUUAACAAUAUAAGAAAAGGUAUGACCACUCAUUCAGUGCCAGUUCACUGUAACACUUGCCAGGCCUUUAAUUGGAGGGAUUUUAGGGGUUGUGGUAUAGAACAUGUGUCCCCUCAUUGGAGAGGAGGUAAUAGGGAAUUGAAAUUAGCACAACGGGAGACUUAUUGGAUCUACCAUUUGGAUACCUUGUCACCCAAAGGUUUAAAUAUCGAUGUGGAUUUGGCUAGUUUUAUGGUUUGAUGUUGUUAUCAUUUAUUAAGUGGGGGAUUUCCAUCUUCUGCCUGUUAUACAUUCAACUAUAUUAUAGUUGUAUAUAUUUUUCAUUUUUAUUCUUAUUGUUAUUUUUAAUUUUAUUUGUAUUUUUAAUUUCAUUUUUAUUUUUAUUUUUAUUUAUUUUUAUUUUUAUUUUAUUUUAAUUAGAUUUUUAUUAUUUUCAUUUUUUAAUUUUAUUUUUAUUUUAUUUUUAUUUUUAUUUUUAUUUUUCAUUUUUAUUUUCAUUUUUAUUAUAUAUUAUAUAGUGAUAUACAUAUAUAUUUUUAUAUAUGUAAAUAUAUUCAUUUAUUAUUAUUCUUAUUUAAUAUUCCUUUUUGUGGCAGAGGAUUGAAGUCCUUUUUUCUAUUUGAUGAUGAUCUAAUUUGUAUUAAUAGAAUGGUUAUAUCAAUGAUUGGGAUUAUUCUAAGACUGUUCUUUUUAGUCUUCUUAGCCACUUGAAGGGCUGGUCGUUUGGAAUGCAUGGGUCCGGUCUUGGAACGCAACGUCAGCGGCUGUGACGUGCGUUGUUACCGUUACCGGAAAUGCAUAUAUGGAACGCAACCGGAAGUUGUGAUUUGGAACGCAUAACAUUUACGGACGGAUAAUCAGCUGUUUUUAGCCGCGAAUUUUAAGGUGGAGAUCACCUGGAAAAAAUUCCCUUUAUUGAAAAGGGUUGUCUACGAAGGAAUCCUCCAAUCAACAAACGGACUGGUUAUAUUUAAGGGACUCUGUUGGGGGUGGGAAUAUGCAUGCUUUGUAUCUUACAUAUUGUGUAUACUGCAAAAUUUUCUCUGAUGAAGUCCAAUUUGUAUGGACGAAACGCGUUAGAUGCAGUACUAUUUGUAUAUUUUAAUUAUUGAUUUUUAAUAUAGGCUUAUUAGUGCCUUUAACAAUAAAAUGAUUUUUUUAUACUUCACUGGCAUACUCCCACUUCUUGGAAGACAGAGCAACCUAUCCGUGGAGGGUGAAUACUAUUGCAGCCGUUUGAGGGCUUAAAGGCGCAUUAUUCAUCAUUAUUUUGUGAGUGCAAUCAUUGAGGUUUACAUUUUAUUAUUGUGACGGUACUUCACUAUGUGCUAUGUAUUCUUAUGUUUUUUAGUUAUUCAGCUGUAUCCCUAUUUUGUCCAUUCACCGAUAUGGUUAAAAGCAUUAAAACCAAAAAAGAAAGAAAAUAGAAAUAACCCCCCAAAAAACUUUUCAUAAAUAGAAAAAUAUUACAUAUUUAAGAGAGACAUGAUCAAAAAGCUUUUUUCUAACCCCGUAGUGACCACGGACGUACCUGGUACGUCAGCCAAAAAACGGUGGUUGUUAACGACCGCUGACGUACCCGGUGCAAAAUGCAACAUAGGCCCAGCAAACCAAUCUGGCAAAUUCAAUGUGCAAACAUUGAAAAGGAAAAAGCCCUACAUUUGACCCUGGUAAGUUUGCAAAAGCCCAUAAAAUCUGUACAUUGGAGGCACUGUUGUACUCAGGAGAUGUUGCUUAACACAUAUUGGGGUGUUCUUUGGCAGUAAUACAUAACAGGAGUUGAGAAUCCAUGCCUACCCAAAAGGUUGACAAAGACUGGUGGUAGAAUUAGUGCAUGGAAAGUGUUAAAAUACCACCAUUUGAAAUACCCUAGGGUGUCUACUUUUCAAAAAUAUAUGGUUUGAUGGGGGUAAAUUACAUUGGCCGGUUUCUAAAAUGUCCCAAAUGGGACAUGGGUGCAUGAUGACCAGCUGUGAAAAUUCCAAGUUGGAAAACUGGAACGCGCACCCUCUAAAUAAGGUAUUUUAGCCCCCAGAGAACCUGACACACCUGUACAUGGUUAGUAUCAUUGUACUCCGGAGAUGUUGUUGAACACAUAUUGGGGUGUUCUUUGGCAGUAACCCUUAAAGUUCUCCGUACAUGUAUACUUAAAAUGCUAUGUGUGUCAAAAAAUUUUUUUUUUUUUAAUUUGGCAUAGAUAGGCAAACAAAAAAUUGUCACCCCCCAUAUGUUCUGCCCACCCAGUUCUGCACAAAGUGUCUUUUAUGUGAAAAGGCAGUGUGUUUACAUUAAAAAGCCUGAAAGCACAGGCUAUAGACUCCAGAACCACUACAUUAAACUGUAGUGGUUCUGGUGACUAUAGUGGCCCUUUAAUGUGAGGUAGAUUAGAGGUUAGUGCCACUAAUAAUAUAUUGGAUUGCCUACUUACCACCAGAUGAGGACAAAAGGAUGAUGGGCUCAUGCUGCAGUCUGGCUCCACAGGUCUGGUGUAGAAGAGGUUCUCUGUAACAGUGCUCACAACAAUUAAUGAACAGGAAACAGCUCCAUUAUUGGGGCCCCUUACACAGCUUAAGGUCUGGGCCCCCAGGGCCUGACCGUGAGUAUGCCUACAAGGCCCACCCAUAAGUUCACCUACAUGGCCCACCCAUGAGUUCACUCACAGGGAGUGGAGUGUAUGUGUGUAAUGGAUGUUAUGUGUUAUUGUAGAGGAUGUAAUGUGUGUGGUCUUAUGGAACGUAGUGUAUAGGAAUACCAAUUUUUGUAAGGGGUGUAGUGUGUGUGUGUGUGUGUGUGUGUGUGUAUAGGGGAUGCAGUGUGUGUUUGUGUGUAAGGAAUGCAUUGUGUAUUUCUGGAUGUGUGUGUGUAAAUAAUACAAGGUGUGUUUCUGUAUAUGAAAUAUAAUGCAGUGUGUGUCUGUAAGGGGUGCACUGCGUGUGUGCAAGAGAUGCAUUUUGUUUCUGUGUUUGUAAGAGAAACAGUGUGUGUAUAUGUGUGUGCGUGAUUGUAAAAGAGAGGGUUUGUGGGGUAAGAUAGUGCUCUCUAGACAUGUGCAAUUAGUUUCGGGCCGAAUAUGAAUUCGGACGAAUUUCGGGAAAUUCGGACAUUCGGGUACUUCCGAAUGUCCGAAUAGCUGAAUUGCUGAAGUGCCGAAGUUCCUAAAUUACCGAAGUGCCGAAGCACAGUAUUGCCUAAGUACUAAUAUACUUACCCAGUGGAAGAAGAAGAAUGUUACACUGUAUACAAUUUUAAAUAAAAAGUAUACAAACAUAGCCAGGAUUCAGCUGUAAGCAUUUGCAACACUUACAACAAUCAAGUAACAUACAUUCAUAUAAAAUGUAAGUUACUUAGCCAGUCAUGUACUGGCAGGAAUGAAUAAGUAGAUAACUCCCUAAUUCCCACAGUAUUAGGGAGCUAUCUACUAAAAGACUGAAAGACCUAAAUUGGUCUUUCAGCCAAAUUUACUAAUACUAAGUAAAGAUUAUUUAGUAUUAGUAAAUUAUGCCCCUACUCGCUAUACCGCGAGUAGGGGCAUGUCUAUUAAACCUGUGGCUGCUCACUGUAAAAAACAAACAAAAAAAAAACAAAAAAACAUCCCCCCUCCCCUUCCUAACCUGAAGGGGGGACCUAUUGCCACCCCCCAGCCCCCACUUCUGAAUGGUGGGUGGGGGCCCUAAAGUAAAAUAAGGGGGGGACCUAUUGUCCUCCCCCCGGCCCCACCUAUGAGCGGCGGGUGGGGGCCCUAAAGUAAAGUAAUGGGGGGGACCUAUUGUCCUCCCCCUCAGCCUCCACCCCUGAGCGGCGGGUGGGGGCCCUAAAUCAAAAUAAGGUGGGGGACCUGAGCAGUGGGUGGGGGCCCUAAAUUAGAAUGAGGGGACGACUUAAUGUCCUCCCCCUGGCCCCCACCCCUGAGUGGUUGUUGGGGGCCCUAAAUACUAAUUAGGGGGGGGAACCUAAUGUCCUCCCCCCUGGCCCCCACCAAUGAGUGGUGGGUGGGGGCCCUAAAUACUAAUUAGGGGGGGACCUAAUGUCCUACCCCCGGCCCCCACCCCUGAGCAGUGGGUGGGGGCCCUAACAGGAGAGAGCAGUAAACAAAUUCAAUAAAAGCUGACUUUAUUAUGAAAAAAGUUGUUGUUUGCAUAGUUCCAUUUCAUUUUUUAAAUUUAUUUAUUUUUAAAUAAACCCACUUGCGAUCGCUGAACCACAUGCAUUAACAUUAAACAGGGAAAAGAUUUCUAAAAUAUACACUGCACUUCCUUUAAAAGCAAUAGGAUGACCAGGAUUGGCUGAGGGAUCUCAUCUACUUCCUUGUCUCUGGAUAAUUUUCAUGUUAACCGCAAUGAGUAAACUACUGAGAUGUAAUGGUUUAUUUUUCUUCUUUAUUUUAAAGGUUGCUAAAAGCAUAAUAAUAUAUAGUGAUUAUAAUGCAAGGUUAAACCCUGGCUUCAUUCCCUGAUAUGGGAAAAAAAUAUUUUACAUCAGGUUACCACUUACCUGGUUUACUUCGGGCUCGGAGGCGCAACAAUUGAAGGCUGAAUGACAUUUAGCGUCUGCAGAGCUGCAGAAACUGGAUGCAGAUACUGGAAUUCAUUCAUUGGCCGGGAGUGUCUUCUGAGUGUUCUCAGAUGAUGAAAGAGUGCCUGUACAUAGAAUAUGCACAGAAUUACCAAGAAAACUUGGAACUGUUGCUCUGGGCUGGCUAAGGAAAGCGACCAAAAGUGGAGUUACACUUUUGGCAGCUUGCAUCAAUAUCUCAGUAUGUGCAGUGUUUCAUACCAAGACAACUUCAAAAACCCCUUAAAUGCAUGAGAUUCAGAAAUCUGUAAAGAGAGAGUUGGGGGUGGGGUGGUCUCUUUUUAUAAUAGGUGGAAAUACACUGCACACGCAACAUGGCCUUAACACCUAUGUUCCUCUCUCUGUGACUAGGAUCCAAUCCUCAACCACAAUAUCCUUAGAAAAUAUGUCUGAAAAUGUGUCCUAGUAUGGUAACUGCUGCCUGUCCCAGCCCUCAAAAAAAUGUAGAGCUGAGGUAUCUAUUAUUUAUUGGGACUCUCCGGGCAAGACAACUAAUUAAAUACAUUUUAAGGUUUUGGCCUUAUUAAUAUGUUGCUCAUAUCUGUAGUUUAAAAAAAAGUUUUACAGAAUGUCGCACCUUAAGCCUUCCUCCUUAGCCACACCCCAUUCCAGGAAAAAUACUUCCUGUUCAGUGUAUGUACACAGCUCAGCCACUGACAACAGUGAGAGAGGAGAACUGAUUUAUGUUAAGCAGCUUGCUGAAACGCUUUAUGUGUGAAGAGUAUGUCCUUUUUUUUCAUUUUACAUAAAGCUCAGACUUCAAUAGAAAUGACCCUUUAAAAACUAAAAAACUAAAAAAUAACAUUGUUACACCCCCCUGGCUUUCAUUCAGACAACAGGUAAUGUUACUUCCUGGUUGUUUAGCUCAGUGUAGCCAAACUGAAGAUGUAGCCAUUGCCUAGACUGAGCACCUAUCUUGCAAAUGCAUUGAAAUGUCUGUGAUUGGACAGCCAUAGACAGUCUGGGCAGGGUUAGAAUGACUGGCAUCGGUAAUUCUGUCACACUUGUCCAGAUAGCAGAAUUAUGUUUAGAAAAUCUAUCUUUGUAUCUUUGUGUUGGUUGUCCCACACACAAAAAAACCACAAGGACAUUUCAAAAUGUACACAGCAAAGCUUGUGUUGCAUGUCAUAAACUACAAAAAAGACAAACUGGUUAAUGCUGAUCUCCCAGUGACUAAACAUACAGGUGGUACACACAAAAGAGGCCAUUAUCCUUGUAUUAAGUGUAUCGCAUGUCACCCUAUGAACCCCCUCACAAUGGAAGAAUGCUUUGUUGUGUACAUUUUUAAUCUAUUGUGGUUUAUUGUAUGUGGACAAACAACACAAAGAUUCAAGGAUAGAUUUUCUAAACAAAUAUCUACUAUUCGGACAAGUGUGACAGAAUUACCGAUACCUGCCCAUUUUUUUUUGUUUAAGUGACAUACCUACAUAAUAUAAUAUAACAUAAUAUGUCACUACCCACAUUUCAAUUCGAGUGACUUCAACAUGAAAACACACUGGAAUUUUCAUGUUGAAGUCACUCGAAUUGAAAUAUAUCAGCUUCUGCCAAGACUAAAAUCGCUCAUAUUAAAUCGUUCCAAACUGUUUAAUUGACUGUUAUCACCUUUCGGCUGAUAUUAAAUCAAAACCGCAGUAAGAUUAUAACUGCAUGUCUGUCUGUUGUUUCUCUGAUUCUCUGCAGUCUGCUUGUGGGUUAAAUGUGUAAGCUGAACUGUAUAUUAAAAGUUAGCCGAUGAAAGCAGCCAGUUCGGUAGCCAUAUUAAUCCCAGGGUUAAAAAAAAUGUGCAUUAACAAAAAUAUGUAUAAAGCUCUUGUAUACAAUAUGUGUAAAAGUUGUCGAUUUCCGGUUUUCUUAGGUUAUUCUGACUGUGUGGAAUCUCUUUCUCUGGCUGGGGCCAGCGUACAGCAAUCCAUCAGUCACUUAGGAUCUCCGCUUUACAUGGCCUGUGAGAAUCAAAAGGUGGACACUGCCAAAAAACUGCUCGAGCUAGGUGAGUAUAAUACAACACAUGUUUAUCAUGAAAAUGUAAUUCCUACCGUUUAAAUGACCGAUACGUGUGACACAUUACAAGGGGCUAAAAUAUUAUAAACCAACAUAAAAUCUUUCAGAUGGAUCCUUUUUCUAAUUAUAUCUAUACAUGGACCAAGUUUCAGUUGCAUUGCUUAGCCCAUAAAGUCCCACUUAACUUCCCCUGAUUUUUAUUUUUCAGAAAACCCAUUCAACCCAUUCAAACUCCAUUCAACCCAUAUGCAUCUCUGCAUAGAAUCUUUAAUUGCAGCCCACCCUUUUCCUUCAAGCGGUGCACCUAGGUUUCCUGGCAUCUGUUGCAAAACUGCAUGUUGGCAUCCUUCCGUGGAUUGAUGCAUUUUUGUGUGCUGCUUGGAACGUCCCCUUACCCUUUUAUGUGCACCACUUGGUCUCUUUGCGUUUCUCUCCUAAUCCUCUCUUACCACCUUGUAUGUCUCUUAACUAAACUCCCCUGUACUCUUUUUGUCCCUAUUGUGUAUCUUAUAUCCUCAUUUCUGUAUCUUACUUCCCUUUUGUGUCUCUUUGCCACUAUUAAUGUCUCAUAUGCCAUUUAGCCCCUUUUAUGUCUUUUCAACAUAAAGCAGGUAUAAGAGUGAGUGUUCAUUUAAGAGAUACUGCUGAAGAUCUUGUCUAGGCCCAGUCCGUGUGGAUGGUAGGUUGUACUUUGCUGUCUGUUCCUCUUGGACCGGACAGGUGGUGAUCCGGUGAAGGAGGCUGAGUGCAGGUUGUGUAGCUCGGCUGCGGAAUCUGGGUCUGACUGCCUCCCUCUUCAUGGGCUGUUUUGUGCUGGUGGUAGCGGUUGCAUGCUUCCCCGCUUCAUUCCCGCUCUCUUCGUAGUCCCCACAGCUGAUCUCUAUGUAGUCUGCCGGAACGGCCCUGGAGUAGGUCGGGUGGCGCUGGAUGGUCUCGGCUCCAUUAUGCUGGCAGGUCGCGCACAUGGCUUGUGUGCGGAGGCCAUUUUGAAGAGUGCUGCUUGGUAAGUAUGCCAUGGCGUGUUGGGGCUCCCAGGCUUAAUGUGGCGCAUACCUGGGCAUCCGUGUAGACCAGGAUGACCCCCCCGGUCCAGGGGGGGGAGGGCGCCAUCCGCCGGCCGGAGACCCGGGUGAGCGGCCGUCUCUUCCCGGCUCAAGCUCCCUCGUGCUUCGGGCCUCCGUCUGGUCGCCGUCGAUACCGGGUGUGAUCUUAGGAGGUAUCACUGCGUACCCCAACGGCAGGGGAUCAAUUUGGUCACCGGAGUGUGUCGCUGGGUGGAUUUGGCCCCCAGUUAUCGCCGAUUUUCGGCCCUGAAGCGGAAGUUCAGACAAAGCAUGUCUGAUCCCUUCGGCGGCCCGACCCGGCCCCGCCCCCCAGUUAUUUGACUUUUUUAAUCUAUUUUUUGGCACAUGUUUUUAGAUCUGAGCCUGUUUGAGGUUUUCCAUCGAUACUGCAUUAUUUAAAAGCCAUUACAAAUACACACAGCUUUAAAGGGACACUGUAGGCACCUACACCACUUCAGCUCAUUGAAGUUGUCUGGUUGCAAACUCCCCUUAGCCCUAGAGUAGUAAUUAUUGCAGUUUUUCUAAACUAAUUACCUGCUAGGUUUAACUCCUCCUCUAGUGGCUGUCUACCAGACAGCCACUAGAGGGACUUCGAGGGCUUGAAGGUGACUUUUGGUUGCCUAAACGACGCUGGACGUCCUCACACUAUACAUGAGGACUUCCAGCACCACGGGAUUCCCCAUAGGAAAGUAUUGAAUAAUGCUUUCCUAUGGGGAAAUCCUAAUGCAAACGCGGGCUUUGCUGCGCAUGCAAAUUAGAUCUCCCCUGCCAGCAGCUGGCGGACGUGGCUGGGGGAAAAGCGUGGGCAGAGCUGAGCCAGCGCCGAGGGACAUCGGCGCUGGACCCAGGUAAGUGACACAAGGAGUUAUUAGCCCCUUCUGCACCACAGGGGUGGGCCUUGACAAAACGAGUUUGUUUUCCUGGCACUAUAGUUUUCCUUUAAUAAUCUCCGGUCAUACUCUCUCUCCAUAGGGAUCCCUUUAUCUCUGGGAAGUAUUUCAGUCCCAAAAUUAACAUCCAAAAACAUUUAUCUGGCAAAACAUAUGCCUAAAUACCAAAUACCAAUAAUAUUCAUAUUGGGAUGAAAGUUUACUCUGGUACCUGAAGGUUAACAUGCUCAACAGAUAUGAUGGAGCUUAAUAAAAUUAUUUUUACAUUAAAAAAAAAUUAGUCAAUAAAAUAAAAACAAUAUCUGAAAUUAUAAUAAAAGCAUCUAUUCUAAUUAAGAUCUUAAUUUAAUAUUUUUGGAUCCAUUUAAAAAAAAAAAAUUAUUAAAUAUUUUAACCUUGUUAAACAAAAAAAAAAAAAACUCAAAAUAUAUUUACCUAUUUUUGAUAUAUUGAUAUAUAUUGCUUUUACAUAUGGAAUUUGUUUGGUAUUUUAAUAUUUUGGAAAAAUAAAUAAAAAGUUUAUCCAAAAUACUAAAUCAUUUGAUUUUUUUGAAACCACAUUGUAAAGAUCCACAUGGCUUUUUUUUUAUAUAUAUAUACUAACAGAAGCUCUAUAGCGUUACUUCUUGGUGGCGAAAACUAUUUUGGGCACCUAACUAUGCAAGUACCUACAAUUAAAUAAACAGAAUGCCCUUUACAAGUUCAACUUCUAAGACUGCUACUAAUACAUAUAGAAAUACAUUUUUGAGCCUUGUGAUGAAGCAUUUAUUUGUAUGUUUGUAUUUAUAGGAGCAAGUGCAAAUGUUGGUAAAGACUUGGACACACCUUUACACAUGGCUGCAAGAACAUCUAAUGCUGAUCUAGUUAAUUUGCUUAUUGACUUUGGAGGUGACACUCAAUUGAAGAAUGCAGAAGGAAAACGCCCAUCAGAAUUAGUUCAACCAAACUGUCCUGUAAACCUAGUGUUUAAUAAAAGAGAAGGUAGAACUGAACCAUAAAAUGUAUUUUGAGAUCUAGACUUGUGCAUUUGUUUUUUAGUCAUAUUGCAAUUAGCUCGAAUUUAGGCCAAUAGGCAGGACAUGGAAUUAUGGAACUCUAUGGCCCCAUAUGGGCGUCUAACUGAACAAACAACAAUAGAGUUUUUUUUGGCUCAUGCUAAUAGAUCUGAGCUUGUUUGAAGUUUUCCAACUAUGCUGAGGUUAUUUAGAAGUCAUUGCAAAUACACACAGCCUUAAUAUAUGUUGAUGGUUAAGGGACAUCCAACAAAUGUUUAUUUGCUUCACAGAUCAAGUGAAAAGUGAUCAAUAGAGCAGAAAAGAAACACUAUAUAUUUCUAUAAUAUAUUUAUAUAUAUAUUUAAUAAAUAUAACAGGUAUUUUUUAUUUUUUUUUACUGCUUAUCCUAUUUAUCUCUCUAUUAGGUACAUUUUCUCACUUCAUCCGUGAAACAAAUGGCAGGAAAACGUGUCAUCAGUGUGCUACAAAAUAUAUCCUUUAUAUUAUGUGUAUAUUUUGCAGUAUACUGAUCACACUAAUUGGACAAUUUUUCCAUCUUUUUUUAGUUUAUCCAAAUAAAUUUUUUUUGAAUAUUUUGCAUGGAAGAUAUUUGAAUGAGCUUAACUUCCACAUGAACGACAAUUGGACUACCCAAACUAAAUUAUAUUUUUGGAUGAACUAGAUUUUUUCCACUGUUCACAAGUCUAACUUGAACAGUAAGCCCAGCUUGUCUGAAGAAAUGUGAAAACUUAAAGUGUAUCUAGAUCCAGAGGCGGCUGCUGGGUAGCUGUCAAAUUGUUCUGCCUUUAGCAAUUAUAGUUCAACAACAUCUGUAGAUUAACAUGUUGGCUGAAUUUAGACCAAGAUGUGCUUUUAUUUAGUGACCUCCUUCUUGUACUAUUAGAUUAAGUAUAUUAUAUUUGUGAAUCGAUUUGUUGCAAAUAUUCACCUUCCCAAUCUAUUUUAUCAGCUUCCUAGUCUUACCUCAACCAAUAAUUUUAUCUGAUGUAUAAUUUUAUCAUUAUUAUUAUGUCAUGAUGAGAUACCCACUUCCCAUUGGAGACUUUCUCUCACCAGAUCCCAAGAAAUCUAAUGCGGUGGCUGCAUGUUGCAUAGUAAUAGGAAAAUUUUGUGACCACCUUAUGUGACAUUAUUAAAUAAUGCAGAGGAGAAAAAAGUAGGUCACAUAACAGAAAGUCUGUUGGCUUUAAGCAACAUUGGAUGCACUAAUAUGUGAUUGUAGUUUAAACAUAUUUGAAAGGAGAUACAUUUUUUAAAAAAAAUGUAAGUAAAAAAUAAAUACUUUUUAUAAUAAAUAUAUUUAUAUUGAAAAAUUACUAAAAUGAAAAAAAAAAAAGAAUUUAAACUUAUCUGUAAUCCAAGACAGAGACGUUCUCCUUCUACUGCUAUUCUGCCUCUUCUGGGAUUAUCAAUUGAGAUAAUCUCCGUGAAAUGCAAUAGUUCUCAUAGAGAAGCUUUUUGGCGUUUGGAGAUCUAAAGAGCAUGAGUAGCAGUAGCUGUGCUAUGAUAAUCAAAUACUUCUCAUAGUAAUGUAUAGAAUUCAGCGCUUCACUAAAAAGCAUUAACAGCAUUCAAUUUCAGCAUGCUGUGUGCAUGAUGAUGUGCAACAUUAAGAUGUUUAUGAGGAAGGGCCUUUAGUGCCUUUUAGUCUGACAGUCGCUAGAGGUUUCUUCGCAGUCAAAUAUAAAUAUUACAGUUUACAUUGCUAGAGAAAAUGCUACAUUUUUUAGCUUUGGAAUGAAGGAAAAUGGCUGUGAGUACCUGAUGAUUGAAAGGCACCGGAUAGCUUCCCCUUUUGCCCUGUAGUAAAAACUGCUUUGCUCAACAAAUUAUGCAAUAAAAUAAAGAACUCUUAUCUGUUGUUUAAGGGACACUCUAGACCAGGGGUAGGCAACCUUUUAGCAGCACUGUGCCGAUAUAGGAUUGUGAUGUCCCGUAGCGUGCGGUCCUAUUUUUUUUAAAUUGAGGUGUGUAUGCUGCCGUAUUCUGCUUGUGUUAUUUUUACUGUAAUUGCUUUGUACCGUUGUAUUUGUGCGUAUAUGAGCUAUUAUAUUGUAUAUGUUCAUGAGUAGUUUAUGGUAUUGUGUAUGAUACAUAUGAAUGUGGGCUGUGUAUGGGGACUGCUUGUGGAAUUGUGUGUGUGGAUGGAUAUGUCACAUUGUGUGUUUGGUAGUGUGUGGGGGCUGUUUGGGGUAUUGCAUGUGAGAGGCUGCAUGUGGGGUUGUGUGCGUGUAUGUGGAUUGUCAGUGGUGUUCAGUUUGUGCGGAUUGUGUGUAUGUUUGUGUAUGGGCUGUCUGUAUUAUUUGUAUGAGGGGAGGGUUAUUCUGCAUUUCUGUGUAUAUCAAGCAGUGUGGGUGGCUUCCCUGGGUUCCAGUGGGGACCAGGCCAGCCAGGUACAGGUCAAGGACAGGAGCUGCAACAACAACUGCGAGCUGCUCUAAUACUGUGUGGAUUCCCAUUCACAAGUGCUGGAAUGAAGUGCUCUGAGAUCACUUCCUCUACGUCCUGCAAUGCAUAAAUUUAGGAUUGUCCUUCACCACCUCUUCAUAUUAGCAGAUAUCUGAAGUUUUACUGGGACUCAUGAUAGGCCAGAGCAUGUUUGGCUCUAGCAGCCUUGAGUGCCGUGCAAAAGCACCUCGAGUGCCGUGCAUGGCACUAGUGCCGUAGGUUGCCUACCCCUGCUCUAGACCCCUAAAGAACUUUACCUUGCUGAAAUGCUUCAUGUGUGAAGAGUGUUUAUUUAUUUUUUAGCAAAAAGUGCAGGUUUUGAUAGAAUUUACACUUUCAUAAAUUAAGCUUGUUACACCCCCUUGGCUUUCAAGCAGACAACUGGCACUGCUAGUUCCUGGUUUGUUUAGCUCAGUGGAGCUAAACUCAAGAGGCAGCAAUUGCUCAGAGCACCUUCCUUGCAAAGCUUUAUCAAUGAGCUGCAUUGGGAAGUCUGCGAUUGGACAGCAACAGAAAGUCUAGGUGGGUUAGAAGGGGAGGGCUUGCCAAGGCAGCAGACAAGAGAACUGCCAGUUUUACAAACUGUUUUUAAUGCAUAAUUAAAUACAUGCAAGCUUUUAUUGGGGGUAUAUCUAUUAAACAGAGAUUUAUAUUCAUUUUGCAUUUGGGCUGUGGAGUGUCCCUUUAAGACAGAUGAGAUAAGAUAAAUAUAUUAUAGAAGACAUGGGUGGAAUUUCACAGGAUUAAAGUGACACUAUAGGUGAUCUGGGUGCACUGUCCCUGCCCCCCUUAGUCCUGAAAUUUAAAAUAUUGCAGUUUUACAGAAACCAUAUCAUUGUGUAAGCCUGUUUAUGACCCCAUAGUGUAAAAUUUCUAAAAUAAGAAAAAAAUAUUUUAUUAGAUUCUAUGAUGAUUGCUCUUUUUUUAUUUAUUUAUUUUUUAUUUUAUAAUAGAAACUCACCAAUUCUAUAUCCAUAUUUUAUAAUUAAAUUCAGGAUUCCGUAGGUCAUGUGAGUUAAUUAUGAUCCUUUCUAAAUUCCAUAUUAGAUAGUCGUGGUAGACUGUCUGCCAUUCCAGCUUCAUUAUACUGCUGGUAAUAUCUUCAAAGAAAACACACAAAGUUCUAUGAAAGGAAUUAAUUACAGAAAUAGUGAUCCCAAUAAGCUGCAAUUUAACACCUAUGAAAAGACCUACUGUGAAAUAGAAUCACAAUGUAUCAAUAAAUUAUUAGACUCUCUUCCACUUUGCAAACAUCUACUUAUGUUAUAAAUAUAUAUUAAUAAAUGUAUCAUUCUAAUUAAAAAACAAAAGAAAACACAAAUCUGAUUUAUUUAUUUUGUUUAUGGAUUUCCCCCCCCAGGACCGCUGAAUUUGAAGCAGAUAUGUCGCCUCUGUAUUAGAAAAUGUUUUGGACAAAAUCAACAUCAUAGAAUGUCUGAGAUUCUACUUCCAGAAACAUUAAAAUGCUUUCUUUUAUACAGAUAAAUUAUUAAUAUAUUUUUAUAGUAAAUAAAUUGAACAACUG